GCCCAGCAAACAGCAGCAAAGUAGCAAAUUGUCUGCUGCGUUGUUGGCGCCUGUUCCAGACGUACUAAACUUUAACCCAUGUCUUUGUAUAGUUUAUUUGAUUGUCUGUAGUUGUUGUUUUAUUUUUUUUAACAAUGGGAAUUACUGGCUUACUACCAUUUUUGGAGAAGAGUAAAGUUUCUCGACCGAUCAAUAUAAAGGAGUUGAAAGGAUGCACGGUCGCUGCAGAUGCAUAUUGCUGGCUCCACAAAGGUGCAUUUGCUUGUGCUGACAAGCUUGCUCGGGGAGAAGAGACAGAUAUGUAUGUCCAGUACUGCAUGAAGUACGUCAAUAUGCUUCUUGCAAAUGAAAUUAAGCCAAUCCUGGUUUUUGAUGGACGGCAUUUACCAGCCAAGGCUCAAACUGAGAAAAAGAGAAGAGCUAAGAGAGAGGAGAAUAGGAAACAAGCAGCAAAUCUUCUUCGACAGGGCCAUACAACUGAAGCUCUUUCCUUCUUAAGACGUUGUAUUGAUGUGACACACAAAAUGGCCUUAACUCUCAUGCAAGAAUGCAGGAGAAGAAACAUUGACUGCAUUGUUGCACCCUAUGAGGCUGAUGCGCAGCUUGCUUUUUUCAGUCUGGAAGGUAUUGUGGACGUUGUCAUAACUGAGGAUUCAGAUCUCCUUUUAUUUGGCUGUAAGAAGGUACUGUUUAAAUUGGACCUUGCUGGUAAUGGCAUAUUGGUGGACCACGAACGUUUGUACAUGUCCAUGGGAACACGUCCUGAAACUUAUUCCUUUGAUAAAUUCCGAUAUAUGUGUAUACUGUCAGGUUGUGACUACUUGGACUCACUGCCAGGUAUUGGCCUGGGCAAGGCUUGCAAGUUCAUAUCUCGCACUCAAGAUCCUGAUAUCCACAAGGCAUUAAGCAGAUUACCCUCACAGCUGAAUAUCAGAGGUCUUACUGUUUCAAUGGAUUAUAGAGAUGAGUUUAUGAAAGCACAUGCAAUGUUUAAGCACCAACUCGUUUUUGAUCCCAUUUCAAAGACAACCAAGCCUUUAACUCCUCAUGGAAAUGUCCAUCCAGCUUCACCUUUAGCUGCUGGCCCUCUACCUGGUUGUGUGCCAGAAUUUGAUGAAGAAACUAGUUACCAACUUGCUCUUGGUAAUCUUGAUCCUUUCAAACUGGAGAAAGUUGAUGAUUAUGAUCCAAGUUUACCAAGGAAUGAGAAGCAAGGUGUUAAAACAACUGGCUGGAAUCAAACUGCUGUGGCUCCUCACCCUAGUAUCUGGGAUCCCCAAUUUAUUGCAAAAAUGGCAUCAAUGUGUAAACCAAGAGUAGUGCCUUCAUUUAUGCCUAGUGAAGGGCGCCCCUCCACCAAAGGUAAAACUAAGGCUUUUGACACAAGUGAUAUCCUCAAAAAGAAUAAUAAACGUGCUCUGGAAGAAGAUGAUGAUUUUGUAUGUGUGAAAAGACCUUCCAUGGAUCCCACAGAUAGUAAAUUAACUGCUAUUUAUACCAGCCCAGUUUCUAAAAAGCCGCAAAAUGAUGAUGGACUGUCCCCAUUACAUGAGCUUGCAAAUGCUGAUCCACAAGAUUCACCGAUCUCACCUAUUCUCUCUGGAAAAAGGUCAUCAAGAAAUCCAUUUGCCAGAAGUUCUAGGAAAUCAAAUGAAUCAGAAAUUAUAAAAGAGGAAUCUUCUCUGAGUAGUCCUGCUACCUCUCUCCCUUCAAAAACACCUAGUAAAUUUGGUGCCCUAAGUAAAUUUGCCCGUGCUACACAAAGAACAUCAACAGAAGGAAAACCUAUUGUACAAAGCAGGUAUUUUGGAAGUAUCAAUGAAUGCUCCAGUGACGAUUCCAAAGAGCUUCACAAUUCGCCAUCACCAUCUUUACUGCGAGACGUCUCGAAUACAAUUGAAGAUAGUAAUGAGAAUGAAAAAGAAUUCAGUGUGCUACAGAUUUAUAAAAUGAGUCCUGAGAAGCAAUCUAAGACGCCUAUGAUUCAUAGGAAGCCUCUUUUUAGUUCACUCUCUAACUCUCCAAAAAAAGAAUGUGAAGAUGUUUUCAAGUGUGGAUCUGGUACAGCUGAUACCUUGAAGAGCAUGAAUGAUCGAUUCAAAAAAGAGAAUGCUGCUCCUCUUUUAAAAUCAUCUCCAACUAAAAACCCAUUCAAGAAAGAAACACCCCCAGAAAACAAUCUGAUCAAAGUAUCUCAAGAAAUUGAAGGCGCAAAAGUCAGUCAGAGGGCAAGACUGAACAACCCCUCUGAUGUAGAACAAGAUGGGGAAGAUGUAGAUGACCCUGGUUUUGAGUCAAGUACUAGUUUAACACCUUGUAGCCCAAAUGAAGUACCAUCCCAACCUGAUGAUGGGUUUGAAAGUCCCAGUAAGCUACUUCCACAUACCAUGACAUCACCUACCAAUUCAGUGAGCAGAAAACCUACUCCCAAAAUGAAUAAGCCGGCAUGUCGCACUCCUGGCCUAAAGAAACCACCACCAGCUGCUCAUGGUCAGAGCAUGCUCAGUGCCUUUGGUUUUGUUUCUAAACCAAAAAUUCAACGGACUUGAGCUGCUUUAAGUUACAUAAGAGCGAUUUUAGAUUAAUAAACCAAGUUUUAUAUUGUACUUAUUUUUGUAAUAUUUUUCAUAUUGCUUGUACCUAUUACACAUGGACUGAUAGGUUGAAUUAAUGAUAAAUUUAUUUUCAGGGACAAGACCAAUUUAAGUUUGAUUGAUGCAUCUUUAUGUUUUGUAUGAUUUCUUAAUAGUUUUGUUUUUAUUUUGUAUCUUAGUGUUUAAGUUACUGACUGGUGGAAAGUUUUCCUCUUCUUGUUUCUACAUUCUUUGUUCGCCCUGUAGCUUUUGUCUGUAAAUUUUAGCUAUUUUCACAAAUGUCUGUGAUGUUAUGAUCAAGUUUAAAUAAAUGACUAAUUAUUAA